GAAUAUAUCAGAUUUGGCUACAAAUGUGAUGUAUGCAGCAUAUCUUUUUUACCCAAAUAUUGGAUGUAUCAUUGUCCCAUCUGCAGAUAUAUCGUCCACGUCUCUUCGACAGGCCGCCUCCCCCUCGCGUCACUGAAAAUGAGAAAGGCGUGAUCCAUCUUCCAAUAAAUGAGGUGGCAGAGGAACUCAUUACACCUUUUGUGAUGAGACAAAGAGGAGGAACAAAAUUGCAUCCACCCAUCAGCAUGCCAAAUGAUGCAGAUGAGUUGGUGAAGGAGAAAUAUGAGUUGUGUCAUCACCAACAUCCACUAACUUUAAUCUCAUCGGAUCAUCAAAGCCAAGAAGAAGAAGAAGACGAGGAGAACUAUGGAGUGAUCUCGAAAUUGAUAUGCGAUGGGUGCAACACUCCUAUAUCAAAGCAAUACUAUAUGAGUUGCAGUGAAUGCAAAUACAAUCUUCACAUCGCUUGCUUUCACUUGCCGCCUCGCCUCCCGUCUCUUCCACUCCACCAACAACAUGAUGAUGAUGACGAUGAUGAUGACGACGAUGAUGAUGAUGAUGACGAUGACGAUGACGAUGACGAUGAAGAUGACGACGACGACGACGACGACGAUGAUGAUGAUGAUGAUGAUGCUGGUGGUGGUGGUGGUCGUGGUGGUGGUGGUGGUGAUGAUGAUGAUCACUACCUACUCCUCCAAUCUUGUGACAAACUUCAGCCUUGGAAGUGGGAGCAUUGCAGUGUCUGUCGCUAUCGAAUGAACGGGUUGUUUUACGCUUGUGGAAAGUGCAACUUCAAAGUGGAUAUCGAGUGCGCUUCUCUGACGCGUACCAUACAUCACGCAGCUCACCCGCAGCAUCUCCUCAAGCACGUGGCUCAGUCGGAUCUACAAAGAAAAGCCAACUCAUGGCGCUUCACGUGUGCGGCUGGUUGUGGCUACAUCGUAGACAAUUAUGAUUGUUACAAGUGCUGCACCAACUCAUGUGAUUUCAUCGUGCACGUUAGAUGCGCAGUGUUGCCGGCGUCAGUGAGCAGCCGCAGAUGGGACGAGCGCCACCCGCUGCUGCUGACGUACGACGCCACUCUCGAUCGCCCUGGCGAUUUCUACUGCGAUCAAUGUGAAACGCAAAUGAAUCCCAAGAGCUGGAUGUAUCACUGCCGCGCCUGCGAUCUGUCCUUCCAUCCGAAAUGCUUUAAAACUGUAUCCGGCUUAUGGAGACACAUGAAGUUGGGGCAGAAAUAUGUGAACGAGGCAGCUCAUCGACACCGUCUCACCUAUCAACUUCUCACCAAAAAACGCCGUUGCGACAUUUGUCGCUAUGAUAAAUAUGAAUGUGUUGGAUUUUACUGCGCAUCGUGCAACUUCUUCAUAUGUCUCGACGAAUGCGGUGCAAAAAUGAUCGAAGCUGGAGCCAUGAAGGCCGUGAUUGAUUGAGAGAAAUUAUUUGUUUCAGAUACAUUUGUUCAGUCCAGUCUAAAAUGAUGAUGCACAUAUACUACUCUUUUCUAUUGUAUUC